GUGUCAUGGUUUUUUAACGGGUAUAUUGACAAACAAAUCGUAGCUUUAGAGCUUUAGACUUUAGGUACUCGAUACAUGAUCUUAAAUUAUAAUGAUGAAAUAAAAAUAGAAACAAGGAUAGAAUGAGUAACGGCAAUUAAAAUACCUGAUAUUUAAAAUGUUGCACGAAAUCUUACUGUCACUUUGGGGAUGUUCGACAAGCGUAUCGCAAAUAAUAGAGACAGAUUCUAUAGAUCUCGAUAAGUAUCUACAUCCUGGAGAACAGGCGUUACUCAAUAAAAUAUUAGAUAUUGUGAAGGAAGGCAACGUCAUACGAAACUUUAUACAUACAGGCAGCGAGGAUACAGGAGAAUAUGUAGCACCUGGUCUUUACAUACGCGCUCUUUGCGAUGGAAUGGAUCGAGCACUGAAGCCAUUUCAUGAAGAAAUAAUCGAAUUGGAGAACACAGUCUUAAAUGACAGUCAUACUCCAUUGUCGUUAAUUCUCUGCAGUGUUGAAAAGUACACAUGUCUGUUUUCGGUAUUACAUUCUAUCAUCUCUGAGAUUUGUACACAAAAACUCCACGGUUGUAAAUUAUUGCAAUGUUUAUACCAACGUAUGCAUACUGGCGUACCCGAGAUUAACUCUACUUUGGAAUUGAUGGCCCAUUCUGUUCAUAUUAUUUUCUACAAGCAUUUAACGAGCUGGCUCCUGUAUGGGCAUCUGGAGGACCCUCACAGAGAAUUUUUCAUACAAAAAACAUCGGAUUGCGAGAAAACUUUGACACACGAGGAUGGGAAGAACGACAUUGAUGCGCGCGAAUCAAUAAAUGGCAAAAAGAUUGAUAUCGAUAUGUGGGAUUACAAUGUUCAGAUGGACAUGCUUCCAUCUUAUAUCAGGCCGUCGCUAGCUAAUAAAAUCUUGACCAUCGGUCAGACCGUUAUUAUGUUUGGAAAUGAUCCCAGACAGAAAAAAGAUUUCAGCAUGAUGUCCAAGACAAAAAAUUUCGUGUGGGGCGACAAAGAGUACGAGUAUUUCAGGAAACUUCAGAAUCUCCAGGCGAAAUCUGUUUUCAACAUUGUCGAAUUCGACCGCACAAUUAAUGAAUUGAAACAAUGCGUGACCGAGCUUCUAUGGCACGUUGCCGUCGAAGAGGCGCAGCUAAUGCAACAGCUCAGGCUGGUAAAGGAGUUCUUCCUGAUGGGACGCGGCGAUCUCUUUUUAGAGUUCAUCAAGCUCACAGCGCAUAUUCUGAAUAAAGCACCCACGAAUCAUACAUCCAGAGAUAUCAAUCUCGCGUUUCAAAUGGCGCUGAGGAAGAUGCAUCUAAACGACGAAAGCGCUAUCGACAGCUUCAAUUUCGUAGUGCCCGCGCUACCUUCUGAAAAUGAGGACGCUGACGCGGACGUCAUUGAUCUUCCCGAUAACGAGAAGCAGGAUCCUAAUGAAAAACGUGGAUGGGGCAUGAUCACGUUGAAGUACAAAGUUGUUUGGCCACUGCAUCUGUUGUUUAAUCCAAUUACGUUGAACGAUUACAACACUUUGUUUCGCUUUUUUUUGAGAGUUAAAAAGACCCAGAUAGACUUGUGGAAUCUCUGGAGCGAACACAUGCAUCACAAGGACAUCGACAUCGGCGUGAUCCAAUUGCGAAAUAAUUUAAUCUUUAUCAUCGACAACUUGCAAUAUUAUCUGCAAGUGGAUGUAAUGGAAAGUCAAUACACUGUGAUGGAAACGAGUAUGAAGAGUACACGAAAUUUCGAGGAUAUACAAAAGGCGCAUUCGGUGUUCCUGGCUAAUGUUAUGUCGCAAACCUUUUUGCUAGGCAGUGGAACAGGAAAAAAGAAUCCCGUGAAUAAGCUGAUACAGCUUUUGCUACGGCUGUGCGAUGAUUUCAUCUUACAAGCGUCCAUGUGGGAAGUCGGUAAUUUGCUUUUAACGGAGAAAGAGGAGCUCAAAACGUUAUGCGAGACACUUGACAGCGUAAUGGAUUGGUUAACAAAGACAUUGAAUAGAGUACGUGCACAACCUAGUGGCGAACACUUGGCUCGAUUGCUAUUGAGAUUAGAUUUCAACAGAUGGUUUAGUAAAAAGAUUUGAAAAAAGGUAAAAAAAAGUCACGUAGUGAAUACAUUGCGGUAAAACGGAACUACUAAAACAGGACACAAUAUUAUAUAUCUUUUUUGUAAAGAUUGUUUUAUUGAAACUCAAUAAUGUUCAGUCAAGAAUACAUAACAAGCUAAAUAACACCAUUAUUUUUUAUUAAUUAGAGAUAAAAUGUAUAUGCGAAAAUUUGAAAAAUGAGCUUUAACUAAUUUAUAUAAAAGGACAUUUCGGCCUAUGUUAUCCUUUUGACAUAGAUGAUCUUGUAUACUUCAAUCUAUAAUAUUUCCUCAAAUUUACUUUUUUAUAUCAUGCAAUUCAUAUAAUCAAUAUAAUAAUUGCUAAUAUACAGGAUGGAGCACCAGGGUGGAGAAACAAAACACAGAAUCUAAACCCUGCAGGAAAAGUUUCAAACAAAAGUUGUACGGUUUGAAGAGGGACAAAUAUGU